AUGACCGAGGCCUUCCACUGGCUUACCAGUCUUAUGAUGACCGGCUACCAGAGAUACUGGUCAUAUAACCGAGUCCUUCCACUGGCUAACCAAUCAUAUGAUGACGCGCCACCGGACAUAUUGGAUCUGUUACCUGGCCGCACAUACCACGUACAAGUAUUGGCUGUAAAUGCCAGAGGGUCAUCACUUCCGUCUCCUACCCUCAGUAUCACCACCUUACAAGAACCGCCCACAGCACCGCCCACACGUCUCCGCGCCCAAGCCAACCAGCAGAAGGCUAUCACCCUGUCCUGGCAGCCUCCAGCAUCGCACUUGAGCCCAGGAGAAGUUACCGGCUACCAGGUGGGUUUCCACGAGGCUGAGUUGGGAGAGGCAGGAGAGUACCGCUGGCGGAGUGCUCGAAGCGGCGUAAUGACCUCAGAAAUCACAGGCCUCCGGCACUACACUGCUUAUAAGGUGACAGUGAGGGCAGUCAACCAGGUGGGCGCCGGACCUCCAGCACAAGCUGUCAUUGUCACCACCAACCAGGGAGUGCCAUCAGCACCGCCAGAGAGUGUCAAGUGUGACCCUCUCUCGUCCCAGGCACUGAGAGUGCGCUGGCAACCACUCCCACUGAACCUUUCCAACGGACCUGUUCAGGGCUACAAAGUCUUCUAUAAAAGGACGACAAACAUUGAAGGGUCCAAUGCAGUUGAGAUCAAGCGCACGACCAACUUGGAGACCAACUUGCAGGGUUUGGGACGCUUCACUAAUUACAGCGUGAGGGUGUUGGCCUUCACUGCUGCUGGGGACGGUGUGGUGUCCCAGCCAGUACUCUGCUCCACUCUCCAGGAUGUUCCUGGGACGCCAGCAGCAAUCCGCGCCCUUGCAAGUGGUCGAGACUCAGUGAUAGUGUCGUGGCUGCCGCCCCUUCGUCCGAAUGGGAUCCUCACUCACUACACACUCUACUACCGUCCACUGAACGCUCCUCAGGCUACAAGGAGCAUGGUGGUAGCAGCGGAUGUCGGAGCAUCACCGUGGGUGGAAGUGAGCAGGGAAGUCGGGCAACUAGACACACACGUCCGCUACGAGUAUUGGGUUACGAGCUCAACUCGUGUGGGAGAAGGUGCAGCCUCGACUAUUAUAUCCCAGACACCAUCAUCAACAGUUGCAGCAAGGAUCAGGUCAUUUGCCCAGACGGUGGAGGUGGAGGGAGGAUCAUCGUUCACACUUCCCUGUGCUGUGGUGGGCUCCCCAACACCUACUGUCACCUGGUCACAUCUAGGUCGUGAUAACAUUCCUCAUGCACAGAUUCUUGCAGACCAAUCACUGCAUGUGCCAGUAGCUGGCACGGAUGUUGCUGGUAACUACACCUGCCACGUCCACAACCCAAGUGGGAGAGAUGAGAUCAACUGGGUGGUAGAGGUGGUGCAGACGCCUCCAGCACCUACACUGAGGGUUCAGUACGCCACUGAGACCUCCAUACACCUCUCCUGGAACCCCCCGGGCAACGGCGGCAAACCCAUCACAGGUUACGUCAUACGGUAUUGCUUGGAAGGAGACAAUACAUGGGUGGAGGAAGCUGUGGAACCUGGAGAGGUGAGCCACAGUGUGCAGUACCUCCAGUGCGGCUCCACCUACCACCUGCAAGUGGCAGCCGUUAACCUGGUGGGUCGUGGGGAAGGUUCACCAGUCGUUAACACCAGGACUCGCGGUGCUGCGCCUCGCCAGCCUCGCCAUCAGGAUCUCAUCAGUGUUAACUCGUCUUCCGUCACCCUCCACCUGUACACCUGGCCCUCCGGUGGCUGUCCUAUCACCCAGUGGGCGGUGGAAUACAGACCUCACUCUGAAGCAGGUUUCACUCCUCUAGCAUCUCAUCUGGCGGGGGACACAGACUCCUUCACUCUUCCAGAGUUAGCACCACUAACGUGGUACCAGCUGCGUAUCACGGCCAACAAUGCUGCAGGGUCUGCAACUGCAACGUACGAUGUGGCCACAGCGUCUCUCACUGGUGCAACUCUGGCGCCGGAAUCAGUGAUCAAGGUGGUUGAAAGCCAGGGAGCGUCACUCUACCUUGACCCUCAUGUCUUGGCACCAGUCGUGUCUGGCAUAGCAUGUACUCUGGCUCUACUUCUGUGUGUGGGUCUCCUGGUCUCCAGAGGACGCACGCACUUCAUGAAGGGCGAGGCUGCUCCAUCUGGGGAGAUUCCUAGGAGCACAGGACUCACAUACUCUCGUUCCUUGGCUGAAAUACAGAACCACUGUAACGACAGUCAGGAGCAGCUCUCUCCUCUGCAAGAGCCAAGCAAGAGGAGGCCUACACUGAGAUCGCAUGCAUCUCGAGUCAACCAACACUUCCCAUAUCUUCGGUUGGUGUCGCUGGACGAAAGUGUGUUCGUGGAAAAGCCGGAGAGGAAGUCCGUGGUUCAGACAGCGAGCAGGACACGAGCGGCAGCCCAGGGAACACUCCAGCUCACGCUCUGCCAGAUGCUUACAAAGUCCCAGUGCGCCUCAGGAGAGGUGCAGACUUCACCUUCCAUCCUCCAGACUCCAGCACAGAAAGCAAUGAUGAACGAUCUCCCGUACCUCCCCGCCGCCCACCCCAUCUCCAGCAGAAACAACAUCAGCAACAACAACAGCAACAACAACAACAACAGCAACAGCAGCAACAGCAACAGCAGCAACAGCAACAGCAGCAACAGCAACAACAGCCCACAAACCUACCACCCUCCCAACAACAGCAUGCCCACCCUCAGCAUGCCCGUAGACACCAUGCCUUCACUCCUGCACAUGCCCAUGUCAUAAGGCGGUCCUUCACCUCUGCUAGUGGUAAUGAUUAUAGCAUUCAUGUGUGAGCACCGUCACCAAGCCGACGCAAAGCUCACACUUAUCCAUCACCAGACCAACACCAGGCUCACACCCAGCACCACUCAGACAGCAGGCUCACACUCGCCCAGCAACAGCAAGACAGCCAGCUCACGUUCGUCUCCAGCCAGACACCAGGCACUCACUGCCAUCACCAGCCCAACACCAAGUUCACACUAGCAGAACGUUUGUACACUAGCAGAACACUUGUAGUGGCACCAAUAACACACUACUGACCAGCACAACACAAGCCCCACACUCUACCAACUUGACACAUGCCAAUUGUACAGAAAUAACACACUGGCUACUGGCCAGCGCGACACCAACUCGACACCGGCCUGACACUAGGUUAUCACAAAUAAAAAAAAACAUAUUUUUAAAAUGUUCUCUGCACUUCUAAAUACAUCUGUUGUGGAUGCCA